AUGCCCAAGAAAAGUUGUGGGUGCGGUUGCGGCGCCAUGGCUUCCGCGACUCGACCGCGCACCGCCGACGCGCUCGGCGUUGCGGACAACUUCGCGAAAAUACUGCUGCCGCCCGAGUUCGUGCGCGCCCUGUCCGAGGCGGGAUUCAAGAAGCCCUCCCCGGUGCAGGAGGUGGCCCUGCCCCUUUCGCGCCUGGGCUCGGACCUUGUCGUCCAGGCCAAGUCUGGCACCGGCAAGACGCUUGUGUUUGCCGUGGCGUGCCUGGAGAGAGUCGACCCCGCGGCAGGCCACCCCCAGGCCCUGGUCUUGACCCCUACAAGGGAGGUCGCCGUGCAGGUGGCAUCGGAGAUCGAGAGGGUGGCCAGCGGCCUGCCCCCGCCUUACAUAUCGGUUGGCGUCUUCAUCGGCGGCGUGUCCGUGGCAGAGGACCGGCGCAGGCUGCGGCGCCGCUGCCAGGUGGUCGUGGGCACGCCGGGCCGGAUGCAGUGGCUGCUGGAGAGCCGGGAGCUGAGGGGGGAGACGCUUUCGACGUGCGUACUCGAUGAGGCCGACCAGCUAUUCUCCGGCUCGCUGAAGGAGGCCGUGGAACGGAUCGUGACCUCCCUGCCGAAGGCCAAACAGCUGAUGGCGUUCUCGGCGACGUACACCCAGGACGUGCAGACCCUCAUCGAGGGCCACAUGCGGCAUCCGCAGCGAGUGCUGACGGUCCCGAGGUCGAAGUCGGCCGCGCUGCUGGGCGUCAGGCACUGCUACAGCCUGGUCGAGGACGCCGGGGAUGGCGAGUUUUCGGCAAAGGUGGCUGCGCUCCUGGCUGUGCUGUCCUCGGUGUCGUUCCACCAGACUGUAGUGUUCUGCAACAGGCAGAGCGACGCCCAGGCGCUCGCGGAUCGGCUGACGCGCGCCGGCUUCCCCGCCGCGUUCAUUUCGGGCCAGAAGCCCCAAGAGGAAAGGCUGGAGACGAUGUCCGCCAUGAGGGGCUUUGAGCUCCGGGUGAUCGUGUCCACGGACCUUGUCGCCAGGGGUGUGGACCUGGAGAGGGUCAACCUCGUCUGCUGCCUGGAUGUGCCCCAAGACCCGGCCACUUACAUGCACAGGAUUGGACGGACGGGAAGGUUUGGAACCUAUGGGCUGUGCAUUGCCUUUGUGAAUCAGAAUGAGCUGUUGAAACUUCAGGCCUGCAUGAGGGAGUCAGCGGGCAGGGAAGCUGAGCCCCUGCCUGACCCUGUGCCUGAGGACUGGUACGCAUACCAGCUGGGAAGCCCAGAGGAGGAGGUGGCCUAUGAGAGGCUCCUCCAGGCGCCUGUUGUUCCGGAGCCGCUGCGUCACUUCCAAGAUGAACCAGAGCACUGGGUGGAUGACACAGGAGGAGCGGUGCUGGACUGGUGGAGGGACUGGAUGGGUAGGCGUGAGGGCAUCUGGGACGCCUGGGACCCUUACGAGUGCGAUGGCCACGGUGCGCAGGCUGCCGACGACUUCGAUGCAGAGAGCGUUGUGUACUCUGAAGAGUGCCUGCCAUCAGGAGAUUUGUGGCAGAGUGAAGACAGUGAUCCAUUGAGUGACCACGAAGCCAACACACCAGCUCAUGGUGAUGGGAGUGAGCCUGCAGACAACAGUGCUGAAUCCGAACGGCCAAGUGCCCUUCAGUUGCAUGUGCCCACAGAAUGUGCGCUGACAGAUAUCUUCGUGCCGGACAGCAAGCAGGCCACCGUAUUGUGUGCAGCAGAGGGCAGUUUGGACAGUGCUGGAAAAAGGAUAAUAGGUGAAGAAACGGGGGCAGAGCCUGUUGCUGAAAGGGGUGCUGGAGGCCACCACCCAAGGGAUUGUGGGUUUUCAUCUGCGCCCAGAAAUUGGGCACCAUCAACACAGCUGCCCCUUCCGAUGCCCAGCAAUGCCAGCCUUGCAGAUUCUGUCAAUCCUUUGGCAGCAUACAGCCAUUGGUUGCAGCAAUAUUCCUUUUGGGAUGCAUCCCAGCGCCUGGCAUAUGCAAAUUGGCAGGCAGAGUACAUGGAGUGGCAUGCGAGAUACAGCCAGUGGUAUGACGAAAUGCAGCGUGCUUUGAGCAUACACAAUGCACAAGUUGGGGGCAACAUCAACCCGCAAGUGAAGUGA